UCCCCCGACGCGCCGCCGCAGCCCGUGGACUCAGUCAGCUGGACGACUCCAGAGCGCAGAGCGCAGAGCGCACACGGGAGUCACGCUGUCAGAUAUCAAGAAUCAUAAUCACAACGACAGGCCGGUUUGUAGAUCCGCCGUCAUGGCUCAGGCGAAAUCCAGGCGAAAAUGAACGAGGCCGCCUGCACCGGCAAGUUCAGCAGGACACUGUCCAUGGCCGAUCGCUCCGGGCGACUCCUGGAAAACUUGGAUCAGCUGGAAAUGAGGGUGGAGGCUCUGCGCGAGGCAGCGUCGUCCAUGGAGCAGGAAAGGGAGUGCAUCCUGGAAAUGAUUCAGUCCAUCCAGAGCAGUCAAGAAAUGCGCAACAUCUGCGCCGGUGAGAGAGAGGAGUUGCAUUUGACCGCGAACCGUCUACUUGGCCGGACGCUGUGUGUGGAGAUCUCUGUUGGCACAAUCAGAAAUUCCCAGCAGGAGGACGCCCUGCGCAGGGCCACGUCCAUGAUAGACGAAAUAGUGAAGAAGUUGCUGGACGACAUGGACGGCGGCCGGCAGCGGCUGCUGGCCCUGCACGCGGCCUGUGUGACCGAGGCGCCGCCCGUCCCCAUUGACCAAAAGUUCCAGGCCGUGGUGAUCAGCUGCGCUAUGGAGGACCAGAAGAACAUCAAGCGGAGGCUGGAGACUCUGCUGAGGAACGUUGAAAGCGCCGACAAGAACAUCAAGAUUAUGGAUCACCAAAAACUGGAGGGCCCGCAAGCCAACGGCAGUCAAUAAGACUUUGUCUCCAAAAACAUAAAUGACGUCUUACACACCACUAACCUCACUGAGAACUGUUGUGAUCCGUACUAACUCUUAGGAAGAGACUGUACGUGCAGCAGACAGAUCAGUCACAAUGGAGCAAAUCACACCGAUACUGAAACCUAGGGCCAAAAAUACAGUAGAGCAUGACUCAAUCUUUCUCCCUGGUGGUAUAUUACACGUGUUUCUAUGCAUAAUCACAUUUUACCUUUAAUCACUGAAUAUGAAUUAUUUUAUUAUGUGCACCCACUACACAACGUGUGUUCAAAUAUCCACUGAAGACAGGAAAAAUGAUGCAACACCUUAUAGUCCUUCAAUGAAGAUCAGUUUAUUGGAAAAUAUGAUCUCUGAUCAGUAUAGGAUCAAUAAUAUGUCAGCAGAUGGUUUAAUAAGGACGAUACAGCGGUCUGAAAACCUGUUAAUAGAUAUUUGAUGACAAGGUUACCUUAACUGUGAUCAAGGAAAGGACUUAUUGAACAUCAGCACAGGAGAAUUCAAAUAAAAAUGAAAGACUACGUCUGAUGAAUACUGGUUAAAAAUCCUGUAAUGUAUCUUGUUUUUCUGUUUCAUCCUCUUAUUUAGACACUUGUUUAAGGAUUUUGUACAUGUGCAUAUAUACUACCUCUUUGGGCAACAUACUGUAAAUCACAUUAAGCUGUGGAUUAUAAUUCAUAUUUGCACAAAGCAGUUUUGUUUUAGUGUUAGAUUGUGUUUAAAACAAAACAAAAAAAAUUAAAAAAUCAUUUAAGUGAAAA